CCAUAGAACCCAUAGAACGUUCAACUCUCUCUGUCUCUCUCCCUAAAUACAAAUACUAAUACAAAUACAAAUUCUCCCCCAAAAAACACACAUACUACACACACUGCUCACACACCAGAACUUCGAAUCCUCCAAACCCAUCCGCAAAAUCCUUACAUAUAUUAUAUAUGUAUCCAUCUGUAUUCUGGAGAUUUAUCUAGGUUUUUUCAUAUAUAAUCUAUAUAUAUAUAUAGUCAUCGUCUCAGCAUACGCACAGUCUCUCUGAUUGAUUCAAUUAUUUGAAGUGCCCUAGAUCUCACACAUAUACACUGUAGUUAUUUAUAUAGGCCUACGUAUACAUUGCAUACAGAUCUUUCUGCUUCAAGAUUCAACUUUUCCGAUCUCUUUUUCCAGCUCUCUCGACUGUCCAAUCAAUCAGGUUUAGAUUCUGAUUGACCUGGUGUUUCGGGGUCUGCUUUAGGCCCAGUUGAUACAUCACUUGUCGUGGUAGCUGGGGAAGAAGAAACAAACUAUUUGUUGGGGUUGAACUGUGAUGCAUCAUUUCUAGAUGAAGUCAGCUCAGGCGUGGCGUCUAGGCAUGAAAGACAUGCCCAUGCUGCCUGCGCCCCGCCAUCGUGGUCAUUUAAAGAAGCCAACAUGGAUUAUCAUAUUGGUUUCUUUAGUUAGCUUAUUUUUAGUUUGUGCAUAUGUGUAUCCACCCCAGAAUUCUGCAGCAUGUUAUGUAUUCUCAUCUCGUGGUUGUAAGGCAUUACAAGGUUGGCUUCCGCCAGCGCCUGUUAGAGAACUAACGGAUGAUGAGAUUGCUUCUCGUGUUGUAAUUAGAGAUAUUUUGAAUAUGAAUCAAAGUAUACCGAAGAAUCCCAAAAUUGCUUUCCUGUUUCUGACACCAGGGGCAUUACCAUUUGAGAAGCUAUGGGAUAAGUUUUUCCAGGGCCAUGAAGGCAGAUUCUCAGUGUAUGUGCAUGCGUCCAAGGAUAAACCUGUACAUUUUAGCCGUUAUUUUAUCAACCGGGAAAUUCGUAGUGAGAAGGUAGUAUGGGGAAAAAUUUCAAUGGUUGAUGCAGAGAGGCGGCUUCUGGCAAAUGCGCUGAAAGAUCCCGACAACCAGCAGUUUGUACUACUUUCAGACAGCUGCGUACCACUUCGUGAUUUUGAUUAUGUGUACAACUAUCUCAUGUACACCAAUGUUAGUUUUGUAGACUGCUUUGAGGAUCCUGGGCCACAUGGAAGUGGCAGGUACAUUGAGUAUAUGUUACCUGAAGUUGAGAAGAAAGACUUUCGAAAGGGUGCCCAGUGGUUCACUAUGAAGCGGCAACAUGCUCUUAUAAUCACGGCUGACAGUCUCUACUAUUCAAAAUUCAGGGAUCAUUGCAAGCCAGGCAUGGAAAAGGGACGCAACUGCUACUCUGAUGAGCACUAUUUGCCCACCUUUUUCUAUAUGCUUGAUCCAGCUGGAAUAGCCAAUUGGUCCGUAACACAUGUUGAUUGGUCCGAAGGGAAGUGGCACCCAAAAUCGUACAGAGCACAGGAUGUGACCUUAGAGCUGAUGAGAAAUAUUACGUCUAUUAGUGACAGCGUGCAUGUUACAAGUGACGAAAGGAAAGAAAUCCAGAUUAGACCAUGCUUGUGGAAUGGAAAUCAACGGCCAUGUUAUUUGUUUGCCAGGAAAUUUCUACCUGAAACGCUUGAUAAUUUAUUGCAACUAUUCCCCAAUUAUACAUCCAUUUGAGUGCGGAGGUGAUAACUUCAGUAUUGAUUUUUUGGUCGAGUCAAGUGUUGCAUUCGACCCCCAUUGUCUCCAUUUCUUGUGUGGCUUUCUGCUCCCCAAGAUCGCUUCUUUUUGAGUGCAACGGCAAACUGGCAGAAUGUAAAGGGUGACUUCAAAUGAAGCUGAAAGGUGAAGAAAUGGCCGAUGUUGCUUCCUUGGGGACAAUGAUUUGAUGUUUAAAAAUUUCCCCUACAUUUGGGCUAUUUAUGUUACAUUCUGAUCUUGGGACAAAAUUUGUGGGGACUUAGGGCAGCAUUUUAUGGCUGACCUUUGUAGAAGUUGGAUUAUAAAGUUGCAAAUAUUCCCUUGGCAAUUACAGUUAUCUUUUUCUUUCU